CAAGACAGCAAUGGUUUAAACUAGUUAGAAACUUAGUCCAUAGGUAGUUUAACCUUAGGGCGCAGUGUUGGUUUUGUGAAUGCUUGUGCACAUCAACAUUUGUGUAUUUUUGUGGAGGCCAGAGUUCAGCCCAGGUGUUGACUCCCAGGCAAUGUCCAUGUUAUUUUGAGGCAGUCUUGAAACUCACUGAGUAAGCUAGGCUGGUCAGCCAGUGACUCCCAGGGAUCCCUUGGAACCAUCUGUUCAGUAUGGACAUGGCAAAUGCAUGCCAACACUAAUGUUUUCACAUGGGUUCUGAGACUUGAACUCUGGUCUUUGUGCUUACAAGGCAACACUGAGACAUCUCUCCAGUCUCUUGGUGUUAGUUUCUGCCUGGCUGUUUCACUCUCGACACAUCUCUGCCCAUAAAACGUGUACACUCAUUGCCUUGUGUCCCCUAGUGAAACGGUCUCAUCUGGUUGGAGGUGUGUAGAUGCUGUCCUUAUUCUGGCCCAGCCAUAAGCCUAGUUACAAGUCAGCGAGCAGUUCCAUUGCUAAGGAAGAAGCAGAAAACAGCAGCAGGCAACAGCUAGUAUUCUCUGGCACAGGAGUCUAAGUCUGGCAUAUGAUGCUUUCCGUUGCCAUCUUGAAGCUCCCCUUUCACCUCUUCGUAGCUGUUUAUACCUGGGGUGGAUCCCCAUAGGCAGGUUACAGGGUGCUAAGUCUCAGAAACAGAGCUUGGCAGUAAGAGGGGAAUGAUGCCUGUGGCCAGUUUUUGUUAACUUGUGAUUCUGGAAGAAAAUCUUGGCACGGAUUAGCGUCGCAUCGUGUGUUGUACAAAGAGUGCUCACUGUGGACACAAACUGGUGUAUUAGCAUUCAAGUUUAAGUAGCUAAUUAUAUUCUCAGCAUUUAAAAAUGUGGAAAACAAACACUUUCCAAGAUUACUUCAGAAACUAGUUAGCACCGUUUAGACCCAUUAUAAUUAAUGUACCAAAAGGGAAGAAGAGCUUCUCCAGUGCUUUGAGGGUUGUGUAAUUGCAGAGCUCCUAUGAGCACAUCGUGUGUUCUCUGGGGGAACCUCAGGGUCAGCCUUUCCUGGGACCAGCCUUCAUGCUUUUGCUUGUUUUCUGCCAGCAUCUUUUGAUGCAAUAAUUUAUAUGCAUCCCACUUUUCACCUGGGAUGAGUCAUUACCUCCCUAGUUGAAGAUAAAGUCCCACAAGAAUUAUCUGGAAGCAGUUUGGGGCUGAUACACAACUGAUGUUUUUGCCCCCUCAGGAAAAAGAUACGGACUUCACAGGAAUGGAAAAAGAUAAGACCAUUUAGAAAUUCUAGAGCCAAGGUUAUGGUCAAGAUGGUGUAAGACCACGUCUGUUCCACGUCUGCUGCCUCAGUCCUGACUUUAUCUCUGUCACUCCUGAAGCUAUUGGCUUCCUGUCUGCUAUUGGGGUCUUUGUUGUCCUUCUGGCUGUCCUUGUCCUCUUCAUCAACAAGAAGCUGUGCACUGAAAACGUAAGAGGACAUCCACAUCCAGAGCGACGAGGGAAGAGAAAGCACUCAAGAGACAAGACCGGGGCCCACACAGGAGCGGCUAACAGCUUUGGGGAUGAUGAAGAGCCAUCCACAUCUUCUGAGAGCGAUGAAGAUGUGACUAAGCAGUUCGAGAUCUCGGUGUCCCGAUCCCAGAGUUUUCGUACAGGAGUACCUGAGAAGGGAAAGACAACAGAGUUGGAGCAGAAAACAAAAUGCAAACAUUUCCUGUGUACCCACCAAGAAGACAGCGCUGAAGGGUCUGCAUGUGAAGAUUUGGAUGGACCCAGCCAACUCAGUUAUUCUGAGAUUCGGUCUUACGAAGACCGCCCCAUUUCCAUUCUCUCACAAUCUCCCUGUGAGAGCAGGGACACCAGGCACCAUGGCCCUUGUCAUCUGGGCGCUGGCGUGGUCCGAAACCUCAGUCGUCCUUGUGCAGAUGGCAUCCUGGAGACAGAGACAGCGUUUAUCAGUCGGGGCUUUGAAGAUCCCUAUGCCACCCACAACUCCUCUAUGUGGAGUCCAGAGGAGCAGGAUGGGACCAGUCUGCAGGUACCACCAAGGCUUCCGGAGCCUAUCUCAAAAUGUGGGGACCUCGAUGUCAUCUUUGAAUAUAGAGCUGUAACCCAGAAGCUUACCGUGACCAUUGUGAGAGCACAGGGUCUCCCAGAUAAGGACCGAAGUGGUGUCAACUCCUGGCAAGUUCACAUAGUGCUACUGCCCAGUAAGAAACAGAGGGGUAAGACGAAUAUACAGAGAGGGCCCAACCCUGUCUUCAAGGAAAAGGUCACCUUCACCAAGCUGGAGCCCAGAGAUGUGGCUGCCUGUGCUGUCCGCUUCCGCCUGUAUGCUGCCCGGAAGAUGACCCGAGAGAGAAUGAUGGGAGAGAAGCUGUUCUGUCUUAGCCACUUGCACCCAGAAGGGGAAAUGAAAGUGACUCUAGUUCUGGAGCCCAGAAGUAAUCUGAGCAGUGGAGAGUCUCCCCUCAGCCCAUCUGUGGUGUCUCACAGUGACAGUGCUUCAUCCACACAGUCACUGUCUCAUGGAGGAGUGCCAGAGCUACUGGUGGGACUGUCCUACAAUGCCACAACAGGGCGAUUAUCUGUGGAAAUGAUCAAAGGCAGCCAUUUCCGCAACCUCGCUGCUAACCGAGCUCCCGAUACAUAUGGAAAACUCUUCCUCCUCAACUGUGUGGGUCAAGAGAUGUCCCGCUGCAAGACGUCCAUUCGGCGUGGCCAGCCCAACCCCGUCUAUAAAGAGACCUUCGUCUUCCAGGUGGCCCUCUUCCAGCUCUCGGAUGUUACCUUGAUGAUUUCCAUUUAUAGCAGACGCACAAUGAAGCGUAAAGAGAUGAUUGGCUGGAUUGCUCUGGGCCAGAACAGCAGUGGGGAGGAGGAGCAGGAGCACUGGGACGAAAUGAAGGACAGCAAAAGCCAGCAGAUCUGCAGGUGGCAUACGCUGUUGGAAUCCUAGGUUUAUCAACAGCGUUCCCGUGCUACGUCAGCCUUGCUUACCUAACACCAAGUCAGAUCAUGGCAGGUGGAGGAGCUUUCAAAUGGAGAAUUUUACUAAUCUUGGGUCAUUCCGUGGUGUGGAACCAUCUCAAAGGUUCGAUCUGAGUUUAAAUGUUGUCGUGAAAGGAAACCUACAUACACAGUAUGGGCAAUGGUAUCUAGUUGAGACCACUGGCUAUAUCACAACUUGUGCUAAUGGAUGAUUGUGUUUUGGUUCGUACUAUGUGGUUCAGCUUCCUCCUGCUGUCUCUUUUUGCUGGGAGAAUAGCCUGAGAUUUCAAAGGAGCUGUAAACAUUACUGUUUUCCAUCACUGAGGUGUAUGAAUCAGACUCUUCUCAGUGUUCAAAAUUCCAAAACAGAAAUGAAUCAGAUGCUGAGCGUUACGGAAGGACGUAACCCACCACAGUCCUCUGCCACCCCUAUUCUCUUUAUGGAAAAAAAAAGCCCUGUUUAUUUAAAAGGUAAUUGCUAUAAAUUUGUGGUGUAAAAUAAAUUUGUAUUCAUGAAAUGUCUCUUUUUAUCUCAAUUAGAUAUCACGAUUUCUAAAAGAAUUGGGGUAGACAAAUCAUCUUAAAGCUCUAAAGCAGUUAAAAAAAAUGACUGUUAUCUGACCUGUCUCUUUUUGAAUAUUUAAGAUUUCCAAAGUCAAGGAUUUUUGUGCUUUCUUAUCAAAUUGGUACCCAGAGAAGAAGAGGAAAACCUAGGAGAUAAUUUAAGCCUUGGCUUUCUUGAUGUUUCAGAACCUGUCAUUCAUUUGGAUUAGACCUUUUCUAUAGAUAAUUGUACUAACUCUCACAUGUAUUUUUUUAAUGUACUUCUGCAUGCCAACCACAUUUGUCUUUAUGCUAUGUACCUUACUAAUAGAACAUAGAAAGAUGCAUACAGUGGAUCUCAAUAAAUACUAAUUUGAUUGACUUUCGCGAGUGAACAUGUGAAAUCUUCUGAGUGAAGGAAUAUUGUCAUUUGGUGUGGAGUAACACUGAAUCCUUGGGUCAUUUAAAGGACCCAGCACUGAUAUUUCUUACAUGUGCAACAAAAUGUAUGAGUGAAUUCUUGUCUGUGGGCACAUCGUUUAGUCCCCAGCACCGGCCUAGCAUGGGUUUGGGCAUGAGGCUUUGCUUAUGAGUGGCUCGCACACAGUUAUGCAGCCACUUUAAUUGUCUUUAUUCCCAGCUCUGAGAUCUGAAUCUCGGUGUCUUUUACCUGGAAGUGAUGAGGUGGGAAGGAAUCCACCCUUAACCCUGUGCUCACCAUUACAGUUUCUCCGAGCAAGGUCCCAGCCAUUUCCUUUUAAAUUUUUCUAUUUUCUUGUUGACUUCUGUCCUGUCUUUGGGAAGAGUGCUAGCUAGUGACGGACGGAUGCAUGCUGUCAGAGCCACAUAGCUUCCCCCACAGCGCUACAUUUUGACAGAUUGUAAGCGUAGGCUGCAGUACUUGAAGAACGUAUUUAUUCCUUACACUUCAUAAUGGUUAUCCCGACAAGACCAGACAAGGGCCCAGGAUAACUCGACUAGAUCACAGGGAUCAGAGUUUGGGAAGAAAACAGUUUUAUAUGGAGGGGUAAGAAUUUGCAGAAUAAACUAGUAUCACAAGGUCUUUUCAGGCCCAUUGGGUGGGUUUCUCCCACUUUCCUUGGGAAGACCUCAGAGCGUCUUCUCAGCAUCAUGCCCACUGACUGCCGAGCGGUCUCUGCGGCGUGAUGGUGUCAUGGGCUAGAACUGAGUGCAAUUGAUGGAGGAGCGGCGAAGAAUUGGCUUUUCACAUCCCUCCCUCUCUGUGUGCCUUGUGUUGAAAGGAAGCAGAGCAGCCUCGUUACGCCUCCCUUCAUGCCGCUGGCAUAAUAGCAGCAUUCAUUUUCAAAUUUACAUUUGAAAAAAAUCUGUAUAUAUUGUACAGGCGGCCCUGGAUUUCCCUCACCCAUGUUUGCCUGUUCUACAUGUUGCCUGCCUGCAUCCAUGGCUUCUGGUCCCUGCUAAUCACCUGUGCUUUCUGUUCUGCUCUUUGACUCGCCCAGUUUUGGGGGUUUUUCUGUUGGUAUAUCGAGCUUAGGAUGACGUUUGCAACAUUUCCCCCUUCAAAGGGAAAAGCGUUUCCUCACUUUUUAGUAAUUUUUUUUUUUUUUGGUUAGUGCUACUCACUGUAUAACACGUGUGCAUCUUGAUUACACAGCAAUGCUCGCCCUCAGCGGAUGGCACAGACAUCAAAUUCUAAAGACAAGAUGCACUCAAAUGCGAGGCUGAACAUUUUUUUUUUUAACCUCAAUUUGAAAUUCCGCCUUAGGAAGAUCUUUGGAUUUCGUGCACUUAGACUCUCUUAUUUCCUUGGCAAAGUCUAGACCCAAAUGCAUUUAACAUGUUUUCCACUUGAGCGUUCACAGCUACAUUUGCUUCUCAAAAGAGUUAUGAAGGAUAAUUAGUUGGCUCUGUGGUGGGAAAGCUGCUUUUUGCCUGUUUUAGCUAGCUAAUGAUUAAUACCUUGUGCGGAGCUUGACGCGGAAGCGAUACCGCGUUCGGUUGCACCAUGGUUCGUUCCUGAAGUGUGUGCUUGUAAAAUAGCAUCCCUGAGAGUACAAGACGCACCGGGCUUAUGGAGUUUUAUCACGGGUCUUCUUUCAGGGCUGAAUUGAGAAGGGUUGGUUUCACCAGUCAUGGUGGUGGCUGUCGUACCCUUUGCUCCCCUCUGACUAUCGCCGAUUUUCCUUCUUUCUUCCUUAAUGGACUAUUCAUCAGGCAGACACACACCUGCUCUGGGCUCUCCCUGCUUCACUGGUUCCCUAUGAGAGAUGAGAGAUGCACACUUGUUUUGGAUCCUGUUUUUACUGAUCACAUAACUCUUAGACUGAGGGAGCCCUGCUAUCCCGAACAUACGAAGAACUUAUAAUGACCACGGAUGUGCUAUCCUCAGCAUUCCGCCAGCAUGAGGCCUCAGAAAAGAUCUGUGUCAUGUUCGCGAAGAGGCACGGCAUUGCGUCCAUGGUUGCUCAACUUAGGUGCCAUUGGCUACGACAAUGCUUUGGUGACAGUUCAGGCAUUGAUGCAAGCGUUGGCAUUCUCCAUAGUGCUAGGUGCUAUAGUGUGCCUGAAGCACGCCUUCUCCCUUUUCACCAUGUGCUUUCACGUUCUACACAUGGCUGUUCCUUCCUGUUCAUUGUGGUUUAUACUGGGGCUGUACUGAGGGUAUCGUCUGAGAAUCCAAAUCCUUUCUGAGCAAAGCAUUGUUUAAGUCUCGUAGCACGCUCGUUGAUCUACUAGUCUUUCAGAGCGGACAUUGUGCUAUGCGUCCACCCCAACCUGGCUGUUCCUUCCAUGUAGAGGACUUAGUAUGUAAAGAUGUAGGGAGAAUCACUGUAAAUGACACCAAACAGCACGGAAACAGUUUGGGGAUAGGAUCUCACUCAAAGGUGUGAAACGAAACAGACCCAGGCAGCGAAGCAAGCACCUACUAUGUGAACGUAGGUGGGUGCAGGUGGAACCUGCUAUGGGGCCAUGAGAAAAUGGCUUGCCCAGUCCACACCCCAGUGUCCUCAAACGGAAAGCCGAGUUAGUGCCUGCAGUAAUUAGUUAUCAGUGAAGUUGCAGUUGCACUGCGACCAGAAAGGCAGCUGCUACACGGCUAAUAUUCAUUAUUGCCUCCUCCUACUCUCGCUUGAGAGAGAAGUGUUCUGGGUUUGCUUCUUUUCCAGGAAUGUGGCUAUGACACGAGGUGGAAACUCAAAACAUUUUUUUUUCCCAGAACUUGAAAAAAAUACUUCAUGAAGCUGGCCUAGAUUUGCGUAGAAAGUAAAUCUUAUCAAGAGAUGAACAUGACUGAGUGAAUUACAUCGUAAUAGAUAUCGAAUAACUACAUCUUUUAUUCUCUUGGUUUGAGGUGGUGCACAACCUGGAUAACUUCUCUUUCCAUUUUGAUCAACUGCACACAGGCCUCCUCUUAACCUGCUCUGCUGCUCAUAUGCAGAUAGGGCCCCUUAUUGUCCCCAUCAAAAAGUGUGCUAGGGUUUGAUCGUGAUCCACAAAUCAAGCAGUGUAAUACCACAGUGACCUCCUUUAAAAGUAUUUGUGACUUUAAAACUCACAUUACAUAUUUAUAUCUAUAAAGGGGAGGAAUUUAAAGCUGUGAAGAGCAUAAGAGUCCUUGUCCAACCUGAAGGUUCUAUUGAGAACCAGUUAUCCGUGUCAUCCGUGUUAGAUCAUAAUGAAAGGAAUUCCGUGAUUCCGCAGAACCUCCUUGCCUCCUAGUUUGUAGAUACAAUGGGAGUAUGUCCAGUUUUCAGGUGAUUCAAACUGGCAAGUGACAAAGACAUUCUAAACGUUUAGGAAAGCGUUGGGUGACCUCUAAUCCACAGAAGUCAGGGACACGUGACUCAAGCACCUCAAGUGUCACUGGGUGCCAUGGGCCGAUCAUCUUCUGCGUGGUGGCGAUGGCGGUUUUGAGACAGGAUCCUGUGACCUUAAACUCACUGUGUAAUUGAGGAUAACCUUGAGCUUCGGAUUCCUAGGUAGCUAAGGCUGACAAACUUCUGAUCCUCCUGCUUCUUUCUCCUCAGGGCUGGGAUGACAGAAGUGUGCCACCAUGCCCAGUUUCUGUGCUGCUUGAGUCAGGGCUUUGUGGGUACCAGGAAACACCCUAAUGACUGAGCUCUAUCCCCAGGCCCUGCUUAUGUUUUAAACUAUGCGUGACCCUGGCACAGGAUGGCUGCUCAUCCACCCACUGCCGAGGUGACAACAUGCUACGUUGUAUUCCAGGCUUCCUGAUUCAGGGACAACACAGAGACAUUGGACAUGAAUCGUUUAGCUUAGUGAUUUCCAGGGGGAGGAGGGAUAAAUAGGGAUGAUACAGUUGUUGGGUAGGAGGUGAGGAGACCGGGAAGUAACUUAUGGUCACAGUGACCCAGAAAGUAGAACCCUCCUGGAGAGGACAGUGUACAUUGUCUGAUCUUGGCACAUGGAUAGAGACAAAGGACCCACAGACACUUAAUGAUGUGACUUAGACAGUAAAAAAAAAAGUAUGUGUGGGUGGUUUCUCGUUAGCUUAACUGUAUUUGUUUGAUUUCCUCUUGUCUAUCAUUGGGUUACUGGGGGUGGUGCAGAGCUUACAAAUCUUUCUGAAGUUGCUGGCUACCAUUAAAAUCACAGUACUUACCAAUAUACAAUCAUUAAGUUGUUUACAAUUAUUUGUAGUCCAAACUAGACUUUCUAAUUGUGGGUUGGAAGGAAACGAGGCACAUUUGGCUGAAGGAAUCAGGGGAAACUGCUGGCAGUCCCUAAGUUGGUGGCUAGCCUUUAGUUGCCCAAAAGAGGGAAUUGACAAGAAGAUUCCAGAAGCAUGACUUUUAAGCAGAAAGUUGCGGUUGGCAGUGUUAGUUCCGGAAGACUAAGAGAGCACCCAGGAAAUGUGUCUUUAGAAGGUUUCUCCUAAAUUUAGUAUCUGGUAUAUAAUCUCAACACUCCUGGCCUGAGCUUUUCCUAUUUGUAUUUUCCCCUCAUGGAUUUUUUUUUGUUUGCUUAUUUGUUUGUUUUUGGUUUCUUAUGUCUUCUCUGGGGAGCUGCUGCUCAGGUCUUGUUCUGGUAAUGAUGUGGUGCCUGCAGGCCUUGGCUGCCUUUCCUCUCGUAUGGUGCAUUGACUGUCAACCAUUUUCAUUCCCCUUGGGUCAGAUUGCCAUAUCCUAGACACGGAGGCAAUAAUCACCUAUAUUUACAGCCUGCAUGAAACCUGCUCACAGCUUGAGGUUUUAUAGUGCAAACCGGGGUGGCAGCCAUGACGGUCUGUGGAUGUUCUGAGAAUCACACUGCUGAGCACAGCGAACGGCUCUUGAGUGCUCACUAAUGCCGCCUCAAGUGUCUCAGGGGAGCUUUUCCUUUUUACUGCUGGAUGACAAUAUCACCAAUCGACUUUGAGCUUCACGAGAAGGCAGAUUUCCCUGCGGUGUCACCAGAUUUAUGUAUGAUUUUCGUUGACUUGAUUUUUCCCUUAAUAUAUCCAUUUGAUUUUUUUUAAAUUGUUUGGAUAUAUCCAAAACAUAUCCACUCAAAAGAGUGAAUAAAAGUCAUUGGUGCUUAGAAUGUUCUAGACUCUGGGCUGGGUCUAGACAUGGGCUGGUGAAUAAAAGAGCUCAACAAUGGUUUUGCUUUCAAAUAACCUCUUCUUUCAUGUUUGAUUCUGACAAGGACCGCAGGCAAGCAAAAAAGAAUUUCUUUUAUUAUCUUGUAAUUUGGGACUUAAUAUAUUUCUGUGAUGGUUUCUCCCCCUCCUGUGAAGGGGAGAGGAUUUAAAAGUUAUUACUCUGUGUCUAGUUAAGGAAUAAAUAUUCUUGGUGGUUUAUGCUUCUUUUCAAAAUAAAUGGUUGUUUUAUAUCUACAGAGGGAGGGAUGUCGUGUUCUGCUCCUGCAAAGAAAUGAGUUACAGCAUGAGGUGGUGGUUAGAGGUUUAUUUGAACUAGUGUUGACUGAAUAUUGAAUUUCCUUUAUAAGACAGUGGAAUGGUAGGUCUGGGCAGACAAACGUGACGAAGUUCUAACAGGCUCUGUAUAUCAUAAAUGGCUGCUCCUUCCUGUUUGUGUGGACUGGAGACUAAAGCUAUAGGAUAUAUGGGUGAGGACGUGGACAAAGAACCUGACUAACCUCUUUUAUUUUUUUAAUGAAAUGUUAUUAUGAGAUCAUAAUAAGCAGGGUAGGACAGAUGUAGAAAAAUGAAAUACUACAUAUUUUCUCUCAUUUUGAAGCCUAGACUUUAUAUAGAUAGACAAGAGCAUUUUUAUAUUUGACACGGAAAGGAGAUGGGAGAAACCAUUAGGACUGGGGAAAGAGGGAGAUGAAGAGCAGGAGGGUGAGGAUGGUCAAAGUGCAUGUGACCCAUUUAAACUGUCCACGGAGCUAAGCACUAUGGAUGAUGAGUACCCACCCCCCCAAAAAAAAACCCAUGUAUUUUGGGCAUCCUUGUAAAAUGUGUAAGAUCAAUAUCUGGUUUUUAUUUUACAUGAAGAUGGGUUAACAAUUGUUUUCUAGUGUUGAUUUUGAAAUUGGUCUGAAUAUAAUUUGUUUCGUGGUCUAGGAAUCAACCCCAGCUCCUAUAGAUGGAGUGUUUCUCUGUUAAGCUAUAGUCUUAGCCCUGGAUAUAAUUCUUGAUACUUUCAAUUUCAUACUAAAAGACAUGGGCUGGCUGUUUUCCAGUGGGUUUAUUGCUUAUUGUUCUUAACAUCAUAAAAGCUCAAGUGACCACAUCUCAGGCUACCUAAAUCAGAAUCUGUGGUGACCUAAAACGACUUACAGAAUGUUCAAGUGUUGCUUAAUCCAUGGUCCACAAUAAGAUGGCACGUAUCUCCUCUGAUAAUCACCUUGAGAGUUGACCAAAGGCAUCGGAUGUUGCCUCCUUCCACAUGGAGCUGUGCUCCGCCCGGCUUCUUCACAAUGCUGCCUGAUUUUGUUUCCAGUGUUCAGCUCCUCUCCUUGUUGUUUGUGAAUUUCCCCGCAUCCUUCCUCUUUCAGCCUUGGGGAAGGAGUCUGUUCUUUCUUAUUCAAACUCCCAUUCUUGCUAACCUGUUCAUACAGGGGCCUUCCAGUGGGUCGUCUUAUUUGGAAGUGAAAGCUGCCAGUUAGACUCUGAAUGAGAACUGUGGUCAGGAAGAGAGCGCUAAUGCUACACACGUGGUUCUGAGUCCUAGAGACUUCCUUCCUUCGUAGAGGGUUGGUCAUGUUCUACAGCGGGCACCCGGGCCAAGCUCGCUAGCUUUGCAACACGUCCCUGUACCUCAUGGUAACCUUUGCUAAUACUCAAUUCUCCCACAUGGUGAAGAGCUUUUUACUAUGCUGCUGACGAAUGCAGCCACACGUUGAGUUUUAUUAGAAAAUACAAAGUAUUUCCCAGAAUUGUAAAAUAUAUUUUUAUUACAGAUUUUAUUUUACAUGUAUGAAUAGGGAGAGAUAAAUGUGUAAACUCGAUUGUGAAACUGUGUUUGUAAGGCUGACAUUUGAUCUGUGUUUUCGGGUUAAACAAUGAUGCUUCUGUGAUAUUUUUAAUACAAAUAAUUGAACUUUCUUUUUCAGAGUAAUUUUAGGUUCAAAACAAAACAAAACCUAGCCUCCCCACCUACCCCCACUCACACACACUCUUGACUAUGAACAUUGGAUCUGGUGCCGUCAGUCAUUUGAUGCUGACACAUCCUUCUAGGAGGUGGGUCGUUCCCAUUAGGACAUUUCCUGGAUAUUGUAUGUUCUGUGGGUUUUGAAGCACAUGUAACAUGUAUCUUUAUUGUCACAGUAGUAUGUGGGGUAUUUUCACUGCCCCAAGCCGCCUUUGUGUUCUGUUUCCCGAAGCCCUUCUCCCCACUGAAGUCCUGGCAACCACUGAUCUUUGUACCGUCUCCAGAGUUUUGUCUUCCAGAAUGUCACAUAGUUGGAAUCAAUCAGUGUGCAGACUUCUCAGAUUGUCUUCUUUUACUUGCAAUCUGCAUUUACAUUUUCGUGUCUUUUUAUGCCUUGAUAGCUCAUUUCUUUUUAAGCACGGAAUACUAUCCUGCUGUCUGGAUACAACAGUUUAUGACCUAUUUACUUCUGCUCCUAAUUUCAUUUGCCAUGGCGCAUUUGAAUGUGAGUGUUCACAGGAGAACCACAUUAUUCCCUCCAACCCAUCCAAUAGAAUGUAGCCACUUCCAGCUCAGUCAGUGUCACAUAGGUAAUAAGUUUGUUUUCUAUUUGGAGAGGUGGGUGGGGAAAGUGCAAUAAUCUCAUAUUUUUCGUUGGCUAAUCUAAGCCCUUAGUCCUUCCUCUCCAUGGGGCAUUCAGCAGCGAGAGUUCGGAAGGCCUCGUAGAUUAGAUCCCAAAUUUAGUAACCCCACUGUGUUUUGCCAAGCAAUGGCUUAGCUGGACUAUGUUUAUUAGAAAGUGCUACUGCUGUUGCCACUGAGUCUGGAUUGGAAGUCAGCAUCUGUUUCAGUCUGUGGCCUCCCCUUUGUCACACUUACGCUGAGAGACGUGUUGUCACCGUCCACAAUGUUGCCUUUGUCAGCCAAGGACACUGAGUAACAGUGCCUUGUAAGCAUCUGAAGCUCUGCGUUCUGAGGGGAAGGGUGACCCAAUGCAAGCAAGGAUGGGUGGCCGGUGACAAGCAGGUGGAUGUUGGAGUGAUGAUCUUGCUAAUCACCUGGAGGAGGAGGCCUUCCCAGAGAGCCUAUCUGAGGCCAUUAUUGUCUUCUGUGUACGCUGCCUGUACUACGCUUUGCCCGCAGCCACUGCGGACCCAGGCCCUACAGCAGAGAUAAAGUCAUGACUGAACAAUGAAGGUUGAAUGCGAACUAACAAUGCCUGUAUUCUGAUCCCUUCCCUUUAUGAUCUCUAAGAUGGGUGGCAAACUUCAGGUCUCUCAAGCUUUCCCUGUGUCUAUCAUCUAGGGCUGUUAGCCCAUUUUACCUGCUUACCCUUGGGUGUAGGGAUAAGAUUCUUUAAUUUUCCAUUAAUACGGCAAGCACUGGGAGCCCCUACUCUGAUGUAGGAUGAGACCCUAGAUGAAAAAUAUUUUUGCAGAAUUUUUGAAGACAUGCAUGGUUUUUGGAGACAGUACACUAUUUUAUUUUUGUAUUAAGGUCAGAUCCAUUUUUAUUAUGUUGCUGUAUCAAAGUAAUUGACACUUUUAGAUCUCUGCCAGUAAUUUUGCUGAAAGUUACAGCUGGAAUGUUCUUUAGUGAUUCUGCCUCUGAGAAAAUGUUAGGUUCUGAUUUAAAAGGUUUUAAAGUGUUUGUGUGCAUGCUUGCCUGCAUGUAUGUGUGUGUGUGUGUGUGUGUGUGUGUGUGUGUGUGUGUGUGUGUAAGCAUGGUGUGUACGGGUAGUGCACAUGCCAUUGUUGCCUGUGGAGGUCAGAGGACAGCCUUGUAGACUCAUCUUUCUUCUUCCAUUCUUUCUUACUUACUGGGGAUCAAACUUGGGUCAGCGUCUUCCAUGGCAAGCAUUUUGACUUGUGCCAUCUUGCUGGCCCAGGUUUGUUUAAACACUGACAAAAUAACAAUUUACAACUCCAUGUUUAUUUUGUAGGACUGUCCAUCUUUCAGUUGAGGGUACAAAUCCCUUUAUAACAAUUUGAGUUCAGGGAAGGUACUAAAUUAGUUGUCCCACCUCAUUUCCAAAAUGGAAUCUGAAUAGCUUGUGGAAAGAAACCCACCGCAUCCUAGCCCCCACUGAAAAGGGUUCUUAAACCCACCUUAGCACUUUCUCUUGGCCGUCCACCCUUCACUCAAGCACUCCCUUUGUUAAUACACUUUCAUUACCUCCCAGAAAAAGUAAAGAUUAAAAACUCAUUUUUUAAGGACCAUCCAAGAUUUUAUAGCAAUGUUUUGUGUUCCCAGUGUAAGAUAAAUCUGAGCAUUUCUGAUUUUUCUUUUUAGUCUUCAUAUGGCAUCUGAAACAGUUGUUCACAUUCACACAUCCAUGUUUCGCCAUAUGCAUACUGUGUGCAGUUCUGUUGUUUUAAAACAUUUCAUUGGUUUUCUUUCGUAGCUCAACUUUUGAUGGGUGUCCUUGAAGAACUUGCAUAAAAAAUGCAAACGUGAAUGACUCAUUCAUCCUGAGCACAUGUAACUAUUUUGGGAGACAUCUUGAGGAGGUGUUACCCUCUGUGAAGCUGUUCUCCGCAGGGAGGGCUCCCUUCCCAGGGCUGCUCUGCUCCUGGCUGGAUGCUGUAGGUACUGCGACAUGAUAAGAUCACCUCUUCCCUGGUCCUGGUUCCCCGCUAUCAACUCUGCCUGCUUCCCUGCUCUUGCUCUUUGGUGGUUGGCAAUUGUUUUUUACAUUUCAAUUAUAGCAUUUCUUUCUUUUUUCUUUUUAGCAUAAAAUUGGGUCUUCUCCUGGAUUUCCAAGCCGAGUUUUUGAUAAGUUUAUUGUUCAAAGCCAGGUCGUUGUCAAAUAAGGGCUGCCUUGAGUUUCUCUAAGGACUUCCUAGGCAUUUCUGGCAAGGCCUGCAUGCCCCUCAGGGCAUGUGCACUGUAAGAUAAAGAAAAGGAAUCAUCAGGGCAUUCAAUUUGGGAGCUCCAUGCUUCUCCUAGUAUGACACCUUUGACUUUAGGGUACAUGGUUAAAAUGUGGUUGGAUACAUUUCUGUGAAAAGAAUAGACAGUUACUAAAAUGUAUCCAUUUCACAAUUUACUUCCUUCAGUAAACAAUUAGCAUGUGGGGUGGAGGUGGUUUGGGUAGUUUUAAACUGUGAAUCUUAACACUAGUGUACUUUUUCUAACUUCUGUACUGUUUCUGAUUUCAUGUUCGCUUUGAAACACUACUAAUCCACUCUUACGUCCCAUGCCUCUUCCAGGCCAUCAGAAAGAUAUAGGUUGCUGAUAAUCUUGUGCUGGAAACAACCUUUGAGAGAACCCAUUAGAAUGGAGAAAAUUGUUUGCCUGUGAUAACGAAUGAAUGCAUGGCAGGAAGAGUUAGUUUUUCUUCCGCAAAUCAUACAAGAUGCUCAGUCUCAGUGACGUGGAAAAGCACAUUUUAUGCAGCCUGAAAUCUGUUUCUGUAUUAGACAUUUAAAUGCAUGAGGACAAAUUUGAAUUGCUUUUUGUUUAAAAAUGAAGCCUAGAAGCCGAGUUAGCCUGGGUUUGUUCAAAAUGUCUGCUGGUACUGAGCUCAGGGCAGCUCGAAGCCGAGAAGCAGUCAAUUCUGUAAAAGCGCUAUUAUUGGUCUUGUCAAAAGAGUUUCAGCCAGUGGUUUGUACGCACAGGUGUCAAGUGUUUUAUGUUAAAGAUGCUUUGCAGCAUGAAACGUGUAAGUUUCAUGAGGCUGAAUGAGAUUACGUUACCAUAUACAAAAACAAUAACUUCAAAACUCUCCCGGCCUCACACUUGCAUGUCAAAACCGUAAGCAUUACCUGGUUUACUUAGCUUCAGAACGAUGGGGGCUUUUUAUGGUGAUCGUGAAGCAAAUGUGUAGUGCUUUACGGGACUGAAUUUAAAAUCAAUAAAAAUAUUGGGUAAGGAUCUAUGAAAAUAUCAGGAUGAGGGCAGAUGUGGGUUUUCACAUGCCGAGUGGAGGUGAUUCCCCUUCAGUGACGCCCUUGUCCAGAAAUCUUAAUCUUUUGUGUUUACUCAUUUCUAAUUAGUUCACAGUAUACAAAUGCAGUGAGUUUGAAGGAGAGAGAGCCAGGCUGUUAAGAGUCUAGCAUGAAGGCAAAAUCCAAAUCCUCCAAACCAAAAAAACAACACCAUUGUCCUCUUGGGUGCUUUAUUUUCACUAUUUUAGCAAACCAUUUUAAUGUUAGUUGAGGCAUUAGUGCCACUUGCCCUAAAUGAGGGCAUAUCUGCAUGAGAAAGGUUUCUCACUCCAUAGUCUGAACCCAUUGUUUGACCAUAGCUUUCUGCUGACUGCCUCUCCACUUGAGACCUUGUUACCUUAGAGUCCUCCUGUGUUCUCAGGGAGUAUUCUGCCUUAUGAAUAGGAAAGGAAAGGAAAGGAAAGGAAAGGAAAGGAAAGGAAAGGAAAGGAAAGGAAAGGGGAGGAAAGGGAAGGAAAGGGAAGGAAAGGAAGAAAGGCAUGAGACUGAAGUGACUUGAUCUAUGGCCAGUCUUUAAGAAGGCAGGCAUUCAGGCCAGAGCCCCUCAUUUCAUCUCCUAGACCUACAUUGUGAAUGAACAAGACAAGUCUAGCAAGUUGUCCUUUGGCCUCCACACACAGACCCUGGACUGCAUGCCCAUGCAUGUGCACACACACUAAAUAAAAAUGUAAUAAUUCUUUCUUUUUAAAGUAGUUGGGAAUUGUGGUUUAUGUGCCUGAAAAAAUGAACUGCAUAUUGUAAGCAUCCUCUAGACAGCAUCUCACACCCCAAUACCCUCUCUUCUGUCCAUCCUCUGAAAUGAGCUUCUCUCCUGUGUUGUCACUGCAGUGGUGCUGAGCUCCUCCCCAACCAACCCUGAGUUCCCGCUCGCCCAUGGCUGCACUAGGACAUUACAGGCUGGCCUAAGUGAUGUGCUUGUUGCAUUGGAUUUCAAGCACUUCAGGGUUUCGGGGACACUGGUGAAAUGAUGGCUCUAAGUCCGGAGUAAAGAGCUCUGAACUGGUGGCCUGGGCAAGGCUGGAUGCGUCUAAAUAUGCGCCCCAGUGAGCCCUAAGUGGCGUUUGGAGGCAUCAACACACAAAUCUUAAGCUGUAAAGAAAGAGGAAUGGAGGAGAAACAGGUCUUUGGGUGAUCUUUGCUUAGACUGUGCCUCACACUUCACCGAGAUGCUCCUAUCCUUAAGAGCUGAAGUGGUACCCAUUUCCAUGACCGUAGAUACCUUUUUCUUGUAUUUUUCUAACCCAUAUGGUAGUUUUAAAAGUCUAUAGCAUGGCUUAUCUAUAACGUAAAACACCCUUUUACCUCUCUGAUUUACUUUUGAUAUAGCAAUUGCAUCAUUCCCACUUCGCCCUCCUUCCUCCCAGGCCCUCCUAUAUGCUCCUCCUUGCUCUCUUUCAAAUUCAUGGCCUGUUUUUAAAUCAAUUACUGCUCUAUGUGCUUAGGUAUAUAAACAUACAUUCCUAAACACGCAAGUGCAACCCGCUCAGUCUGUGUAUAUUAACAUACAUUCCUAAACACGCAAGUGCAACCUGCUCAGUCUGUAUAAUGUUACUUAUCUAUGUGUUUUUUGGUUUGGAUAACCAGUUGGUGUGCUCUUCUCUAGGGAAGACUACGUUUCCCCUACUCCCGGCAGUCCCUAGUAGCCUGUAGUGCUUGGUGUAGGGUUAUUUUGAAAACGCUAGCCAUCUCCAGUAAUAUUUUGCCAAUUCACCAUAUAGACACCUUAAAGCUUCCUUCAUGUAAGACUUAGUUUCUGGGGAUGUUUCUCCGGGAGGAUUUGGGAAUACAACUCAAAGGGAGACUAGCAGGUGUGGAAGCAUUUGUGCAGUUCCACAGUCUAGACAUAGUGGCAUAGGCCUGUUAUCCCAGUGCUCAGAAAUCUGAGGCAGGAGGAAUAGAGUUCAAAGCUGGCCUGGGAUAUGCGGCAAGAUACUGUCACCAAAGAACAACCCAAGUUUUUGCAGAUAUCAACGGGUCCUCUGUGAUUAAGAGCUGUGCCUUUAUUCUAUUUUUAGUUUUGUCGUAAGGCCGCUCUGUCAUCUUGAUAUCACCCUGAACCUUCCUUCGAGUCUUCAAAUGUCAUUUUUUUUUUCCUUAAGGGAGCCCUACACAAAAGGGGGGUGUGGCAGUUACCAGGAAGUUACAUCACAGAAGACAAGGUUCCCUGAUCUGUUCAGAUGCAUUGCACGUGUACCCGUAUUGGCUGAGUCAAGCUGCUCCCCAAAUGGUUUCUUUGCUCUGCUUCCAUAGUAAUAUGGCCGGUGAUUAUGGGUGGGGUUUUUGUCCUCAGUUCUGGGGAUUGAAAUCUACAGGCUCAUACAUGCUAAGAAGAUGCAUUGCUACUGAGAUGUAACCCCAUUAGCAGGGAUGAGCAGUGUACCCCAAUUGUCUAUCUGUCUGUCUACCUACCUAUGCCUAUGUCUACCUCUGCCUCAGGAGCACACACCAUCAUGCUCAACUUUCUGGCGAUUUAACUCAGGUCCCCAUGUUUUCCUGGCAAGCCCUUCACCUACCUAGCAGUUGCCCGGCCCAUGCGGAUGCAUUUUUAGGUAAGAGAGGACAGUUCCACUCAGAGGACUCACACCCAGUUCAGAAGACUGGGAAAGGAGUGUUAGGAAGAUGCCAGAGUGACUCUGGGUUGAGUCCUUCCUAGAGCUAAUAGAGACCAGACAGUGGUCUUCAAAAAGGAAACGAAGUCGGUGCAUAAGUACACCCAAGUCUUCCCACACCUCUAGCUGAAAACCACAGCAGCUCCCGGCUUCCCUCAUGGUCUGGAUGGGGCACUGAUAGCUACCCAGCUCAGGAAAACAGAGAUCUGGAGCUAUCCACAUUGACCCCAGGCUCUGGGCUCUCUGACAUGUACCUAGCGUUGUGUGCUACACGCUAGGCGCUCACUGUUAUCCUGAGAGAACUCUCUUAGAAUGUGGCAUCAGUACUCUAGGGUGGGCUGGGGAGUGUGAGUUGGGCUUUAAUUAGGAGGGUGUGUUUAAACAGCAUCUUGCAGGCUGAACGGGAGGAAGCCAGGUGAGAGGGAGGCACAUUAAAGAAGAAAUACCGUGCACAUAACACAGGAGACCUUGGGGCCUUCUCCAAACAAGGUAGAGGAGGGUCCGGUGUGCCUGGAACUGAAAGCCAAAGGUACAGAGAGUCCCAUGGAAGAGCUAGAGAAGAAGGGAAGAGUUGCAGCCCCCUUUAGUCUCUUGCUGCCAACAGUCAAGUGGCAAUGUGACGUACUCCUGGUUGCCUAAGGGAUUCCCCCUUUACACCCCACGGCAGUAACUUUGUGAUUACUAGCUCUUUGCCCUGCCUUGGCUUCUUACUACUAUUUACACAGUUCCAGAUGAGCUCAUGAUCACCUCAAACCUCAGGGCAAACACACGUCCAGAGAUCAAAGUUUGACAAAGGCAUUAAAUAGGUACUGGAGACCUCUGAACUGUGGGAUCACACUGUACUCUGCUGGCCUUGAAGAUGGCUACCCCCUUACAAUACUUAACUCAGUGCUUUGUAGCAGCAUGGCUUGGAUCUAAACACAAUCUUUCUGAAUCCCAGGGGUGCUGACUUCCAUCCUGGCCCUGGCCCAACUCCCCAGAGAGCCAGGGAAAUUCUGUAUUCCAUUCUUAGGAGAAAUUUAUCAUCAAGGGAGCAUGCCAGGCAGAAUUUCUUUACUAGGUAUUUUGGUUUCCUUUCUUGAAUUUGCUCAUUGGCUACUCAAACAUUCCCACUUUGAGGUUCUUGCCAUCGUUAUUCCUCAGUAAAAUAACGUCAUUUCACAGUAGCGACGGCGAGAAGCAAUGGUUGAGAAUGCGAACAAAACAAAAUAAACAAAACGAAUCAAAAUGAACUCUAUUAAGAAGUUGGAGAAGGUACAAACCUUUGUGGAACUUACAAUACAGCAAAAAUGACCGAAACAUGUAUAGUUUCCCCAGUAUCCUUCAUGAAAAGUACCUUUUGAGGUGCAUUUAAAAAUAUACAUUUAUUUGUCUUUUGAGAAUUUAAUAUAAGUAUACAAUGCAUUUUGAUCAUAUUCGUUUCCCACUCCCUAGACCAGGAUCACAGGAAAGUCCUACAUUUUUCUUCCAACCUCGUGUCAUUUCUGUGGCUAUUUUUUAUAGGAAAUUUCAUAUUAAUUGAAGGGUUUAUUUUCUUCUCUCAUUUAAAUGAAGUCUAAUUGUGUGAAGGAUGUACAUUAGACACGGGAACCCCCCUCGUCUACCCGGUGUCACCUCCCCCAAAUGACACUAUCUUGGGAGGCAGCCAUAUAGGGUGCCCAAAGAAAUUAGACUCAGGGUUGAGUUUCGUGGAUUAAUAUUUCCCUCUUUCAAGUCCAUCAACGGCUCAAACCUGCUUGUAGUAACACGAACACCGUGGGAUACAGCCCCGAGGCAAAGGAUCCCUCACACCUUUAAGUGCAGUUCCACCUCUGUCCCCACAUUCAACUUCCAUGGGGACACCCAUUCAGCCUCCAGUAAGCGACCGUUUCCUGGGACGCGAGACUCUUCUCAACGCUCAGGCCCGUGACGCUACCGCAUAGCCAGCUCUUCUGGACCAAAUCAGUAUGGCCCGUGGCUGGACCCCUCGUUCCCAGCCUUCCUUCCUGGAAGAGCUCCUAGACUGGCUCUCAGUAGCCCCCUCUGGCGCCCGAGACCUUCAGGAAAGUUGCUUCGGGCGGUGGAGGGGCGUCAUCGCCUCCUAGCAACGCUCCUAGCAACCGGAUAACAUCUGCUCCCUUUGGUCCAAUGCGCGCCUAGAAAAGCCGCGCGCCCGCCUCGCGUUCUGAGCUGGAGCGAGAGGCGCUUCAGAGAAGGAGGGACCGACCUGCAGGAGCCGGCCGCCCCGCCGAGCUGCAGUCGCCGCCGCCGCUGCCGCUGUCACUGUCAGAGCCUGUCCGAAGAGUGACACCUUCGCGAAAAACAGGAGCUGUGAAACAUUUGCACAAGCAGUCUUCGGAUCCCAGGUCCCCAUUCAUGAGCCCGAGGCUGUGAGACAUGCUCCAUGUGCCAAGGGGAGUUCUCACCAAAUCUUCUGAGGCUGUCCUAGACGUACACUGUUCGGUCUGAGUCAGCAUUACCAGCUUAUCCAAGAGGAGUACUAUCAUAUUCAUUAACAACGUCGAAAGUAGCCUACUUUAAGAGAAAAUAUGCAGAAGAAGAAGAUUUACAUCAAGAUUACCAGGGGUAUUUUCCAAAACACCUGAUAUUACCCGAAGACAGGACUUGUAUCCUCAAACUUUCUCUGGAGAAGCUCAGGUUUCUUGAAGACCCAGAAACCUACCUAAGAAGGUCUGUGUUAAUUAAUAAUUUGCUGAGGAAGAUACACCUAGAGACGGAGAAAGAGAGUUAUGAAUACUUCAAGGAAGCUCCCUGCUAUAAGACUGCUUAUUCUGAUACAAGAAAACGGCUGAAGUUUAUGGUACAGGAGUGCUGUUCCCAGUCUCUCUACUAUGAAGAGCUGCAUUCCUACCACAUUGUGCCUUACACUUCGGAGAAUGCCAUCUAUGGGAUGGGCUACACUGGUGACCACUUGGAGCAAAAUUCUCAGUUGCUCAUUUAUAAAAUGAAUUAAAGUAACUGUUAAGUUCA